AUGCACACAUGUGUUUGUUCCCAAUGUCGUGCCCUCAGGGCCUCAGGGGACGAGAUGCGACCCACGUUCCCGACCUCGCAUAUUCCUAGAUAUUUGAUUAAUCUGGCUGAACCGGCGAAGGAACCGCCCCGGCCGUGUGUCCAGGAGAUUAAUGCUCGCAGUAAAUUGGAAUACGAGAGAUGGUGUGAGUUGAGGAGGUCGUUCAACAUCCAUCGACUCAAGCGAACUCGAUCUGCGACUAUUGAGAGGAGGGUCCGCUUCCACAACACUACUGUUAAGACCUUUUUCGAUGAUCGCGCCACUUCGGAGGAGGUCCUCAGGGCCAAGGAAGCGAUCGAUCAGUUCAAGGAGAAGAUCCCCCGCUAUAGAUCGGAGAGUAUCCCCGUAAUCCCCGCGUAUUCCGACGAAUUCAAUUGGAUUUGUAAUUGCAAAUCCCAUCACAAAUCCUCGAGUUCACGUCAUGUCCAAUUUGAGUGCUCAACCCCGCGAUCUCAAUCCCAUUCAGAAGAUAUUUGGCUACCUCAGACGGAUCUCGGAGUAGUUAGGACUAGAAAAUAUGAUUCCGAAUUUAAUUCCAGCCAAAUCUCCGUCUCUUCGGACUCAUGUCAGAGAAGGAAGGAUAAGAAAAAGUUCAGAGAUACACUCGCCAGGAUGAGGCAAGGUGUCCGGAAUGUGUUUACGAACGAACGGUAAGGUAUUUUCCAUCUUCUUGAGACAUUUUGAUACCAAAAAAUACGAGAUAAUUUUGCCGAAAUUUUCUUUUUGUGCGGUUUUUAUAUUUUUUGAUAUUUUUUCAGAAACCCGAAUUAUAAUCAAGGGCCAUCAGCCUCGCAUUACGAAUACGAUCGGCAGCCAUAUCAACAGGUAAGAGAACAUUAAGCUAACUAGUUCCUACUAUGACUUGAACCAGUAAAAUCAAGAGUUUAUGACUUGUUGAGUUGCCUUGUAUUUGAUAUACUGUAUAGUGUAAUGUCAUCGUUUUAGGGACGCCAAGCCCAACGAAUUCCUCCAUUAAUGAGCCGUUCAAUGGCACCAGACUUCGAGGACGAUGGGGAAUAUGCGGAGAUCUCGAACGUGCGCUCACAUUCCAAUGACCGCGAUGACUCACAUCGGAUCCACAGGAAGAGAGAAAGUGGGUCCUGGAGAAUGGAUGAGCUGUAUAGAAACAGCUGAUCCCUUCAAAAGUACUACUCUUUUUGUCUAAUUUUUUGCAGUGAGCGCCCCGAUUUCCCCCAAAACAGUCAAGUUCACCGAUCAACCGCUGACUCAGAACCACGGAAGUGCAUUCCAACCCCUGGGGGCACAAAGACCUCAGAGGUUACAGGCAGCCCCAUUACCACCCCCUCAGAGGAUUGGGUUGUUGCAACAAUCCAUUGGACCCAAUCCGAAAAGAGAAUCCACCGAAAGAUUGCCUCAGGCAGGUCAGGGAGUGCCGAUUCAUCAACCCCCUCAGCAACAAAGGUCCAUCCCAACUCAACAAGUGCACUCUCAGCAACAACGACAACAAGUUCAGCCCAUCCAGCCUCAGGGAUUGCAGCGUCCUCAACAACCCCGUCAAAUUGUUGAUGCUCCCCCGCAGAAUGUCACUUAUCGACCACAACCAACUUAUGCCAAGCCCGAUAAAUUCAGAUUCCAGCCAAUCCAAACAGAUCAGAGUAUCCGUCACGAGCCAGUACUUCCAUCCCCCGCCCAGUCUAAUAGAAUCUCGGCGGGAACUUUGGAUGAGGCCACGUUGGAUCUUCUUCGGAUAUCUGACGCUCCGAGUACGGUAUCGUUCAGUUCGACUGCUAGAUUAUCGCCAAAUUCGGAUAUUCUACCCAAAUCUGCGUCAACGACCUCCAUGAAUAAGGUUGUCAGAACUCCGGUAAGCUAAUCGCUAACUAAAUUUUACUCUGAAAGAUUUUUUCUCUCACAAUUGAUAUUCAUUUUUGAUUCUUAUUAACAUUGGGUUGUUUAGGAUGGAGGUGUGAUGAAGAUUUCGAAUGCUUUUACCUGGGAUGCAAAUCGCAAUCCCUCGAUGGAUUCAAGCCACCACGACACUGCCAGACACACUCAAACCAAAGAUGUGACCAACGAUAUCCGUCGAUCUCAGGCCCCCUCUCCCCCGACUGCUCGAACUCAUGAGACCGAGUUCGAAGCCCAUGUUCAAUUCCCUCCGGUCAUCAAAACCACUGUUGAAGGUCAACUGAAAAUGGAGAAAACCGUGGGAACUCAUCUCAGAAGUAUCGACCAUUCCAUUGCCAGAGCUUAUAAGAUCCGUGACACCACAACUCAUUAUAAGAUCAAGACCAGAUUAGGAAAGAGAGAACUUGUGCUCGAAGAACAGGCCAAUAAAACUUCCGAUGACUCCAAAGAUGUCAGAAGUGGAGGACAUUACAAGUUCUCGGUGUUUGAAGACGGAAAACAAGUGGGAGAACACGAAGCCGACAUCAAUGUGCCCGAUAAUAUGGUAAGUGGUCAAGUACAGUAUCCAUUUUGGAUAUUGUGGUAGUUUUAAUCGUAGAGUUUGCCAGUAGAUGACGGAACAAACACCUUAACAUCUUCAUUGUUUCCACUAAUCCUAUUAUUUUCAAUUUGCUGUGGUAAAAUAAGUUACUGUUUUAUACGAAAACAUUUUGUAACGUUAUAAUCUUUCAUGGUUACACUAUAUUUAAUGUCCACUUUCACUGUUCACCUUCACUUUCACUUCUCGGGCACCUAGCACACUGUUUUCUUCACUUCUACUGACAGUUCCGUCUCAUUGGCCGCUCCAUUUCCCUCAUUAUUUUAUAUUCUCCUUGUCUUUUUUAGGCAAAACCAGAUUUCCUCGGCAAACUCAGCGAACGUUUGUUGGCUGAUAUUGCGUCACUGGAUGGAGAUGACAUCAUUGCAUCGACUCGCGUAGAAAUUGAGAGAAUUGAGGAUGUUACAGAUAUAGUGAAGACAUAUCUAAUUGGACAGGGAGUGCUCGAAGAUGACAUAUCCGAGCCAAUCGAGGCCAUAGAUCUUCCCAAACAAGAUAUAAAUCUGGUCAAAGAGGGUCGGGAUAUUGAUGAUACCAUCAAGAUUGGAUUGAAGGCAAAGAGACCCGAAUCGGACACGGAAAGUGUGAAUUCCCUCAAGUUCAAGAAGAAAUACGAGCCAGAAGUGACCGCCGAUUGUGACCUUCAUCGUACGGAAGACCGCUCUUCCAUUAAGAUCAUCUUUGCUGAAGCCAGAAUGGCCGAACUGGCGUUAUUGAUCCGAAUCCAGAGGCUGAAGCCGAAGCCACUGAAGCUGGAAAAGGCCAAUUAUGGCCUCGAAUCGGAAGGUCAGGAGUUCAAGGGCGAAACCAUUAUUCGAAACUUGAAGAAAUAUCCCAGUGACGAGGAGCCUGAAUCCCCCAAAGAGCCUCCACCAAGCUCAUACGAGCUGGUACAACAAGGUCAGAAUCUGGAAGGGAAUGUCGCCAUCUCUAGGGAUCGACGGUUCUCCGAAGCCGAGAGCGAAAUCAGCACCGUUCAUGUGGAACAUGAACCUCCAGCUGCUGCAUAUGACUUUGAAACAGCCGGCCGACGGUUGGAAGGACAUUCCGUAUUCAGGAAACAGAAAAGAUAUUCUGAAGCCUCUAUUGAUGAAGUCUCUCUGCCUGGAGUCAGACAAAGAGGAGGCAUUACGUAUGUUACGGUGGUCAAGAAAGAAGAUCACGGCCUCUUCGAAGUCAUCAUGGAGUGUCCAAAUGUGGCUUCUCCUUCAUCCAUCAAAGUGAAAGAGAUUCCAGAUCAAAGAUAUGAGAAUCUGGAAUACAUGAAGGUCAUUGAGAGACUGGGAGAUAAUCAAGAAUACAUUGAGAAGAUUCUAAAGACAGCCAACAGCUGGAAAGGAGCGUUGAAUCUGAAUGAAGUGAACAUUGAGAACACCACUGUCAUCUUCGGAUUGGAUAAUGCUCGACAGACAUCAGAUCAGAUCGAGGUGACCAGAUCUUAUGGCCAUAGAGUAGGACAAUCAUUCAAUGCCCUCGAAAUGUCCAUGGAAACCUUCAACCAACAAGUCUGUAUGGAGAGAAGAGAAACCCAUCCUCGCGAUGCGGAUGUGGGCACUUUCAUGAGCGAUCGGAGAACGAUGAGUAUCGUGAGAGAUGUGAUGGAGUUCAAAGUGGAAACAGAGCACUGCUCGGUGAUGAUGGAGAACCGAGGCGCCGUCCAGGAACAAGUGCAAAAGGGAUGGGCGGAUGAAGUGAGAGGUAGGUGGAAUCGUUCUUCUUCGGCUAUGCGUGCCUCGUAUGUUGUUGCUCAGUCGGAUGGUGCUGUGACGGGGGUCGGGGUGGCCCAGCAGGUCGCGACAAGCAGCACCAGCAACUCCACCUCCGCCGGUCGCUCGCGUCGCAUCGUGCACGAACGACUGGUGGAGGGCAACACGGCACGUGUGUGGCAUGCAGUGGCACCUUCUGAAUCUGUCGCUAAGCACUUUGUUUCCUCUUCUUCCACUACCAGCACUUCUGGCACUGUCCCACCACCUCUCAUUUCCGCACCGCCAGCCAAUCUUUUUGACACGCACGCUUCCCGCUCCCUUUUUAUCCCCAAUCUGAAGACUCUUUUGCCUCCACACGCCGCCGCUCAGACCGUUCUCUCCGACGUCCCUUCGCUAGCCUCUGGCAUCAAGAUCUCCACCGAGGAGAAGCAAAAAGAAGAUCUACAGACUCAAGUUCAACAAGUUACAAUACGACCAAGCAGUUCGUUAACUCGAUCAAAUCAAUUCUCAAAUGCUGUCAGCUCACAAGCAAGACAUUCGUCUUUGAACAGACCCCUAUCUUUCCAUAACGAGUAUACUGUAAUUGAUGGAAGUGGAAGAAGACGUCAUGUUGUGGAAUCAGGAUCCGAAUCUUUUUCGUCUUGUUCUUGGGGCUCUGGAGGAUCCUCAACAAAAACAACCUCGGAAGUCAAGGAAACGCAGAGUGGAUCGUCCAGCUCGAGUGGAUUUGUGGACAGUCCAUCUUCUAUUGGGGCUCGAUUUGAUAUUCCAAUAAGCCGACAAAUGUCCGUCCCUUCUUUCCCGAUCCCCAGAAUUAUCCCAGGACGAGAAGAAGAAUCGGCCAGAGAAUUUAUGGAUCAAAUGAGGAGAUUUCGUCCUCCCACAGCUAUGUUUAACAACCCCAAUCGCAUAUUUAUUUGUACUACCGAGCCAAUUCCCGAAGAAAAAGUGAGAAACAUACCAAUUGGACGUCAAGGAUCGGUGGAUCCAUUUCGAGGAAGAAGUCGAUCCAGAACACCGUGGAAUGAUCGAGAAUCCUCAGUGGUUUCAACAACAACAAUAUCUGAAUCCGUGACUGAGACUGUGAACGAGACCCGAGGAAAUCAGAACUACGAAAGCCGACGUCAGCGAAGCGUGGUGAGUGUCAUCUCCAACUCUUCUUCGAAUCUUCACCAUGAAGUCUCUAACAGUCAAAGCUCCCUCUAUAACCAACUAAUGGCUCGAGCAAAGUCCAUGCAGCAAGAGUGCCAGAGGCUGUUUUCGUUGGCCCAUUCCCUUAAUAGAUGUACUUCAGUCGACCGAUUCGGAAGGGGCCGUGCGGUCACGCCCAUAGCUGUACGUAUUCUUUCAGGCAGAGAGCACCGUGCCGCUUCUGUGGCCGGGUUCAGCACGCUGCAUGAGAGGGAGAAUGUGUCGGAAAGAAGCAGUGUCUCCAGAGAAGUCCCCAUCAGCACGAAUCGAAGACAAAUCCAGAUUCCAGUUCAUAUAUUGUCAGGACGGACGAAUGAAAGCAGAUCUCAUCAUUACCAGUCGUCCUUCCAGAGAUCUCACUCAGUUUCGGCUCCAUCUUCCCAUUACAAGAUCAUCAAAUCAGCUACACAAGGAAAUCUCCAUGAUGUCUCUGAAUCUAAUUACUCGUCGACUGAGAAUGUUACUCAAAGUGAAUAUGGAAUGGGAUUUGAUCGAAGUUCAGUGGUCUCUGAGAGUAUCAGAGAAAACAUUGAAGCACAAGGGCGAGGAAGAUCGCAACCGGUGACAACAGAAGAGGAGAAGGAGAAGGUCAACUUGACUACCAACAUUUCGGGUACAACUGCGGGUCCUAAUCUAUGCGAACAUGAAGUGAUCAGAGAAAGUAGUCAAGUCAGCCAAUCAGGAGGAAUUCCAAUUACAAAGAAUCUGGAAGAAAAAGAGAAGUACUCUUAUAACGAGCAACAAAGUGGUUCCAUUCCAACGAACAGGGGAAUAUUCGAGGAUGAAAAGGUUCAAAAAUCGGAAACUCUCAAUCAAUCCAAACAAGGACCAAAUUUAUACCAAGGAACUCAAGUUCAGCAAGAUCAAAGUAGUUAUGAGAAGGAAACUGUUAAUCAAACGACUACUGUGACUGGAGGGCCGAUUUAUACUCAAGCCGGAUCGAAUUUGUUGGAUUUGGUCAAAGAAAAUGCCUCUCAACAAAGUGGAAGUAAUGUUCAGGUAAUCACUUCUGGAACAUCGGAGCCAAGAUCAUCGUAUGAAAGGGAGACCUUCCAACAAAACACCAAUAUCUCUGGUGGUAUUCUGGGCCACAUUCAGCCUAAUUUGACGGGAGAAACUGUCCAAGAAAAGGAACAGGUGACGGUAACUCAAGGUGUAAUUCCAGUACCAGAAUCCGCAAAAUCAUCGUACGAAAAAGAGACCUAUCAUCAACAAUCGAAUGUUUCUGGUGGUAUUCCAGUUCAAGUUCAACCAAAUCUGAGUGGAGAAAACGUCAAUGAAAGGGAGCGGAUUACGGUAUCUCAAAGCGGGCAUUCAACAGUUCCUGUCCAACCUGAACCAAGAUCGUCGUAUGAACGAGAGACAUACCAUCAAGAGACCAACAUCUCUGGAGGCAUUCCAGUACAAGUUCAACCAACAUUCACCGAUGAGAAUAUUCAAGGCAGAGAACAAAUUACGGUAGUCCAAACUGGAGGUUACAGUGUAGCUCAACCCAAGGAAAGAAGCGAAGAAACGUAUAAAGAGCAAUAUAACGUGCAACAAGAUGCUCCAAGGAAGACUACUGUGGCCGAUGCAUUUGAACGAACAGUUGAGCAGAUCAGAGCCAACGAAGAGAUCACAUCAACUGGAGAUAAGAAACCUGUUGUACUUCAAACUGACGAACCCAAAUUGGCAGUCUAUCAGCAACAACAGCACAAAUUGGAGACUACUGUAACGUCCAAUGAACAAAAUGCUUCUCAACAAACUAAUAUAGUCCCAACAGAUUCUCUGAUUAUCCCGCAGAACCUCCAAAGAACCAUUUCUCAAGAAUCUGUAGCUGUCCAAUUAUCUGAAGCCACUUCCGAACCUGAAGCCGAGAGAGUUCAAGAUGUCGAAGUUGAAGAGAGGAUCUUUAGAAAAUCCAGAAGCAAAUCCAAAACCCCUGUUACAGUAUCCAUGGAAGCAGAGGUGACUCCAACUUAUCAAUUCAGAAGCCUCAAGAAGUUCGCGUCAACUGAGUUGAAUAUUGAAGAAGAAGAGAAAACGAUCAGCAGUGUGAGAAAAGUAGAAGAUUGGCUCCAAAAUAAAUCGAUCGACGAGACUCCGGACGAGGCAUUCGAACAAGUACAGGAUAUCGAGACCGAUUCUGCUCAAAUGACAAUCAGUAUUGAUGAUGCGCAAGCUCUUUUUGAUCGAACUCAAGCCGAGAGAAGAGCCGUGGAUGAGAUGCAGCAACUGCCUGAGGGCCCGGAAUCCUAUGAAAUCGCAACUCAUAACGUGAAGCUGAGUAAAGUGGAACAAGCGAAUCUGGCUUCUCUGACCGUAGAGAGUGUGAGGAAUGUGGACAGCACCAAUCAAUCAAUGAGUGCAGCUGCGUUAAAUGCAAUCAACGCUGAGACGGCGAUCCAACAUCCUGAAGUCUCUGAUGGCGCGAAUGUCGCUCUGCCAGAACAAUCUCGGCCAGUCGCGGUCUCAUCUGGAGAUUUUGUAGCCGUUUAUCCGGAGGUUGUCCCUGCUCCAGCUGCCCCGGGCCAACUCUAUACGAUCGAUGAGCACGCAGUAAUUGCACCAGGAGUGACUGAUACAAGUAAUCAGCCAAAAGAACUAAAAGGAACCCAACAUUCAGAUUCCGGCUUCAGAGAAAGUACAGUAAUCUCGAAGCAGUCGGAUGAAGUCCCGGCAAUCAAGAGACCCAGUCGAAUCAGCGAGAGUCCUACCGAAUUUUCCUUCGCCGACUCGCUGAAUUUGGAUUCCCGAAGAGCCCAAUCAGAAUAUAUUGACCGAAGGGAGAGUGUUGAUGAAUCUAUGAUCAGUCAGACCAUAUCCGGAGUAGUCUACCCUUCAAUUGAAGCCUCCGAUCUUCAAGAGGAAUACUCGACGGAUACGGAACGAGACAUCGACAAUCUCCUGACCACUGUCAACUUAAACAAGAUCGGAGAUCACUGUUAUGACUUCGCUGAAUCCGAUUUCUCCAUCCCAGUAGAAUACAAGGGCUCAGAGAGCAUCAAAGCAGCCGGCUCGAGUGAAAUCAACAGAGAAGUAACACUGGAAAGUAAUGAUUCAGCCAUCAGUGUGGGCACUUUGGCUACUGUCUCGAGAAAUGAAAGCCUUCAGAUGACAACUGAACAUGCAAAAGAUAAUCGACUGGAAUAUCAGAGCUCUUUCAGACAAGCUGACAUCAAAGGAAACGCAGCUACUUUGCAGAGAGAUAAGUCAACGGAAGCUGUAAAUAAGGCUGUAAAUGAAGCCCAAGAGAAUACAGUAUACAUGGAUCAUACGGGAGAAUUAAUUGAAGCCAAGCAAUUGGCUGAAGCUACUUACAAAAGUGAGAAGAGAGAAGAGAAAAACAGUCUGUUAACAAGAUCAGCGACCGAAGAGAAUGUAACGGAACACGUCAAUGCAACUCAUAUGCCUUUCCCAGAGACUGUUGAGAACAUCCAGAGAGAAAGAAGAAGUGCCUCGGAAGUCAGAGCCUUCUCCGUAGCUCCAGAUCAGACUACAGAAUCCAAUUUGCAAAGAGAAACGUCACAGGAAGUCUGUGAUUUCACUCAAGGAGAAUCGAGACGAGAACAAUCCGUUGGAAGUUUCAAUGAAUACUCUGACACAGCUGUGACUACCGACGCCAAUCUUCAAAAGAUUAAGAAGACUCCACUUGCGCGAUUGGCUGAUGUCGAAUGGAAUCAUCAAGAGAUUGAGAAGUCAGAGCUGAAGACAAAACAUGCCAGCGAUGAAUCUCAAGACCAAUCGACUCAACUGACCCGUCCAACUGAUGUAAAACAAGGAGCGGAGGUCAAAUCGAGAGAUAAAUCCUUUGAAAAAGUCCAACUCAGAUCCCAGGCAUCAAUAGAAAAAUCUUUGGACUACCAAACAAGUCUAAAGAUUGCUGGAGAAAAGGCCAAUACUGAAGCAAAGAUAAGAUCAGCAAGUCAAGAGAGAGCUGAUAUCAGGUGUAAUGAGAGUCAAGAGAGCACUGUGAACCUGUAUGAAACCAUCGAAGUUGUGGAUGCCGUUGGUCAUGCAGAUGGAGAAGUUGGAUUGGAGCAGAAGAAGAGCAAGGAAUUCUUCUACAAAAGGGCUCCGGAAGGACUCGAGAGAACCGAAGAGAAGGAGCGUGUGGAGGAAGAAGGAGUCUUGGCCCCGCGAUUAGAGUAUCUAGAAACUAACAGAGCUACCGUGUCUGACCGUUUGUCCGCCAAAUCCUCAGAAUCGAAAGUUGUGUCUUCAGAAGAGCAUAACAGAUCUGAGGAAAUCUACCGUGAGGAAGAGAGUCGUCAAGAACAUUUAUCCGGAAGGGAUAAACGAACAGAAGAGAUUGAACAGGAGAACAUUAAUAUCACAUCUACUGGGGUAGGGGCUCCAGGAAAGAAGGAUUUGACGACUUUGGAAAGGGAAACCUUCGAAUAUAAUGAGAAUACGGGUGGAGGAAGACAGCCCGGAUCGAGAACAGUCAUCGAGACCGAGAAUUAUAAUCAGAAUGACCUGAUCAGUGGAGGAGGAAGACAGCCUUCGAACAACACCAUAAUCGAGACGGAGAACUACGAAUAUAAUGAGAAAGGAGAACUCAUUCCGACUAAACCGAAGUCCAGAACCGAGAUUACUACUGAAACUGUUGAAAUCAAUCAGACUGGAGGUAUCCCGACAGUCCCAGUAGUCCCAGCAGCGCCUAAGACAGUAGUCGAAGAAGAAAGUCAAAAAUUCGAGGAGACGGUUACGCAACAACCAGCUAAGCCAGUUCAGCCAGUCCUACCGGUCUUGGAAGAGAUUCCAGUCCUAGAAGAAGCCAAACUUGUUGAAACGAUAAAGCCAGAUGAAAAUAUCCAGGUGCAAUACAGAAUUCAGCCAAAAGAAAAGAAAGAAGUUGCUGCGAUUCAAGUCAAAGGCAAAUCUGAUGAACAUGUUAGUAAAGGACUGUCAACUGAUAAGAAAGAAGCAGUGACUGAGUUGACGCAGAAAGAAGCUGACGAGAAAACAUCUACAACAAAGCCUGAGGUAAUUACCGCCACUGGAAUUGCUAAUAUAAAUGCGCCAGUUGAUGCAACGUUACAUCAGCAAGUGACUCUGGCCAGGACAGCGUCAGCUGAAAGACUCGACAAGAAGUUGCCAGACAUAAGCAGAAUUCAAGGCCUAGCUAAUCUCGAGGCAUCUAAAGAAGAAGAUGCUCAAGUUAACACUAAUAUUGAGAGAAAUCCUUUCCAAGGAAUGGCUGACAUGACUCAAUCCGUUUACAUCAAAGAAGACGCUGGCCUAGAUUCGAAAGCUGCUGGGUUUGAAGAGAAUUGGCUGGAUUCUUUGUUAGAACAAAAAGAAGAUAAGGAAGGAGCAGCUAAAGAAUUAAAGAAGCCGAAUGAAGAAAAGAUUGACAAGAAGACCAAGGAAGCUGGCAACGAACAAGUCGGAUACAUUUAUCAAACGAAGAUAAUUGAUAAAGAAGAGACAAUAGACAAAUCAUUGCCGGUUAGGCAGUUGUCAUCUUCGGCUUUGAACGCCAAAGCUUCUGAAGAGAAUGCGACUGAAAUUACUCCAGAGUUCGGUCGAGAAUCAGCUGAGAUCAAGGAUUACACUCAUCCUGAGACAUCAGGAGAUGCGGAAUCCAGGAAAUUCAAGAUUGAACAAGAACAAGCAGCGCAGAAUCUUCAACGAUCUCAAGAUGACGCUUCAGCCCAAAGAAUCCAACCUUUGAAGGUUACGGAAGAACUUCAAAAAAAUCUAAAAGAGUACGGAGACGCUCAGAAAAUAUUGACUUCAAGUUUCACAAAGAUUCUGCAGAACCCAGAUUGGACAUUUGAUGAUGUAACCGUCAAGUUCAAUGAGUUUCUGACCCAUAUCUUCAAAGCUCCAGCUGCAGGAGAUGAAAAGAAAGAAUCAGAAGUAUCUCUGUCCACACAAGAACAACGUGCUUUGGCCGAUAUCUUGAAGUUGAUAGCCAAUGAGGAUAGCCUUUCUUUUGCCACCAAGGCUGCUUCUGAAAUCGCGACUGCGCUUCAUUCCGCAAUGACUGCUACACCAAUUAGGGAAGAUAUUGCGACCAAAUUGAAGAUCGGUCCAAAAGAAGAGGUGGAGAAGAAGGUCAGAGAGAUGGUCGAGUCGGUGGCCAAUCUCAGCCAGAACUACGAUCUCGUAGAUCAGGAGAGUUUGAUUCAAAUCCUUCUGGCUGAUUCCCCGUGGACUGAAAGAGACCUUCAGACUAAAGCCGCGACUCUAGAAGAGGCUGGACUGCUGGCUGCCCUAUCUCAGCCAAUCGACGCUGGUCUGGCGGAGAAAGACGAACCUAUUCCGCGAACCGCACAAGCACCUAAUCUGAACCUUAGUGAUGCCUUGAUAACAGCCGACUCACAUUUACUCCGUAUUUCAGACAAUGAGGCCACGGAGAAAACGAAGCAAGAUCAGCAGACUCUAAUCGGAGAAUUGUUGACUCCAGAAUCUGGAAAUGACGAGACUUCAUUAACCGCAGAAUGGUUAAAAAUCUCAAAGGAUCGUCAGCAGAGGGCCGAGACUUCUUUCUCCGAUAAAAGUGAUACAGAGGAAGUCGAGAUGAAGUUGGAAGAACCGCAUGAAGCUCUUGGAGUUGGAAGAAAAUUCGCAAAAGAAUUGCAAAGAUCUGAAUCGGGCACAAUUAUGCCAACGCAAGAUGAAGCCAAGGUUUCUUUGAGUCUGGAUGCAACUGAAGAUAAAAAAGACGGUAGAAGACGAAGAGAGGAGAUCGUUGAAGAAAUUGAGACCUCUUCCCAGACUGAUAUGAAAGCUAGGAAGCCUACUAGGAGAACAGAGAUCAUUACUGAAACGUUUGAUCAGACAAAUGACUCGAAUCUCCUGAAGAAAAAAGAAGAACAAGGUCAGGGAGGAUGGGGAUAUGAUCUGAUAAUUGAAUACCCAGGCAGAAGACGUAGAAUUGAGGAGACCUGGGAAGAAUGGAUGGCAGAAGAGGAGAGAAGAGAAGCUGAAAGAAAGAGAAGACAGACCAUUGAAGAAGAAGAGAUCAUCACCCGUGAAGACAGCUCUUCCAAUAUCCCUAGCCAAAGAGGAAGGAAGAUUAUUGAGGAAGAAACGACCGAAAGAACUGAACAAUCAGACUUUACUGGGCUUCCAGCCAAAGGGAAAAAAACUGUGAUUGAAACUACUGACGAAAUGGAAACUCAUGAUUACGAUACGGUUACUGUAAAGGUUCAGCCUAAAGAGAUUAAAACAGAGUUUGCAACGGUUAUCAGCACCCCUAAUGAGUUUCCGGUUCAGACUUUUGAAACGGUAGCGUCUGGAGAUGAAAGAGUCAAAAUUUCCGUCGACCUCUUUGGCCAGACUGAAAAACCGGUUGUAGCCAGUACAGUAAGACGACUGAGUAAUGUCAGCGAGCCUGCGUCAUCGGCUUUAGAUGCAGCUGAGGAAGAUAGCGCUCUCCUAAUUGCUGACAUCAAGGCUAAGGCUAAAUUGAUAGAAGAAGCCGAGAGGAUCCUGGCAACCUCCAAAAAUCACGCUCCAUUAGUAUUGGAGACUACUGAGGCUACGGAAGAGAACCUCUCGACAAGCAAUGUGUGGGACAUUCCAGAGAAGUCGGAGGCUACAGAACUUUCCAGAGUCGUCCCAAGAACUGUAGAACCGAUGGUUGUAAAAAUGCGUGAAAGUAAAGAGGAAGUUCGGCAAGUUGGAUAUGUAUAUGACAACAAAGAGAUCGCCGAGCAAAAGGAUACCACUCUGAGGGACAAAAACUUUGGUGGAAAUCUUGUUUUGACUUCGAAGCAUGCUACAGAAGAGACCAAAAAUAGUGCAAUUAAUUUGAGUCGUCAACAAGAGCUGGAAAAUGUGAGAUCAAAGCAAAUCGAGAAGAUCAACGAGAAGUUGAAGCUGCAAUUGCUUGAAUCCAUUCAUGAGAAUACGGCGAUUAAUGCGAACUUUAGUACCCAGUCAUUGAUCGAGCAUGUCAUCAAGGCGUUUACUUGUCCAAAUGUGGACGAACCUCAGACAAGAAAAUUGAAGGAGACCACUCAUGUUUAUGACACGGUAAAUUACGAAUAUGAGAGAAAGAAUGAGAAGAAUGAAGCCGAAAGAGUUAAUAAAAUCGCUGAGCUGGCUUCUCCUUUAGUAUUGAACACCAAUGCCUCUGAAGAAUACGAAUUGGAUGUGGUCAGAGAGCUCAGUCGAGACAAUGAAUUCAAAAACGACGAUGUUCUCCUCAAAUGUGCCAAUAAAUUGCCCGAGUGUGUCUUACACACCAAGGCGUCUACUUCUCGCUAUGCUCUUUAUAACGACCAAUUCCAACGAGAAUCCGACCGGUCGAGCACCGAGACAAAUAUCAUUCUUGCCAAUACUCAUCCGGCCGAAGCCAAAAGAACCAAAGAGGCCGGGGAUGAGCAACAACUCACUCAAAUCAGCAAACACAACGAGCCCGAGGGUCUGGAGCACGACAGAACGGUCUGGCUGGCGCGGUUUGGUGGCACUUUCCAACUAAAAACUGACGCCGCUGAUGACGUUGAGCUUAAUGUCUCGCGUGAGAUUGAGUCUUCCGCGCCCAAACACCUAACCUUUAAUCAUGUUGUUAUCACAGGGAACACGGAUGCCACCAAAUUGGACUCGCUACAAAGUGGAAGCGACGAGAGAUGGCUUCAAUGUCAGUUCCAAAAGUCCGAAUCCAGAGAACGGAUCGACAAAUUGGCCAAAGCGAAACAAGAACAAAAACAUAGAGGACAUUUCUUGGAGAGUGAACACGAGACCUUGGUUUAUAAUACCGAAUUGAGAAGACCGGAGGAAAAAGAAGAGAAGUUGUUGAAGAAAAUCAUUCCCAAUGAAGGAAACAAUGUUGUUUUACUUUCUAAAGCCUCCAAAGAAGAGUUGGAAGAGAAACAGUUCGACCUGACGAGUGGAAAAGACCGAGAUCUCAAUGAAAAUAUUAUCAUCAGAGCUGUCAGAGAUAUCGAACCUUCGAUUUUGAAUACCCCGGAGGCUACGUUUUAUGUUCUCACUUAUUCUCACGAAUUCAGAAGGCCAGAGGAUGUCGAUUAUAUCACCAAGAUCAGACAAAUCCCCAAUGAAACAAAUCCUUCAGGCAUUAAAUGCAAAGAGUCCACGAAUAUCGUUGAGAUAACAAAUUUCAAAUACGAUAAGAAGGAGUCCAAUGAAGAGAAAGGCCAUCUGGUUUACAUCAAAAGGUUUGGUGGGUUGUUCACAUUGAACACAGAAUAUGCAAGUGAAGAUCAGACAAGUUAUGACAGACAUCAUCAACGGGAUAAUGACCUCAGAGAACAAAUCCAACGGGUCUUCAGAGCUGUUAAUCAAGAGACUCCAGUCAAUCUUCAGACCAAACAAUCAACUGAAGUGGAUACUGUAUUGGGAUGCUCGCUAUUCCACAGUAAUGAGAUCGACAAGAUCCACCACAUUGUCAAGACCGCUAACUGCAUUGCCAACUUUAUUAAGUGUAAAGAAUCGACGCAAGAGUCGAUGACCACCAACCUGACCUACGAAAGAAACGAAGCCGAAGCCUCGACUUCCACGAUUCGGGAUGAAGCCAGAUAUGGUGGAAGGUUGUCUUAUGGCUCGGCUGCCUCAGGCGACGUCGAGAUCCAAACGACCAAUCAACUGGAUGCCAAUCCAGUCACUGACCUCAAAGCUCACGAACUCUGCGUAGCCAUCUCGCGCGAUGCUGAGCCUCUCGUUUUAUCGACCCCUCAGUCCACUUUCGACCAGUGUAAUAUUUCGAGUAACUACUCAAAACCGAAUUCGGGUGACUUCUUACAUCUAUCGCUUGCUAUCCCACGAAGUCCCGAGGGCACUCCGUACUUGCGAACCAAAGAAUCUGAGCAACACCACGAGCACUUUAACUGUGAUUAUCAGCGAGAGCAGGCUAAAUCCGAAAUUACAGAAACCCGAUGGAUCCCGCGCUUUGGAGGGCACACUUCACUCCACUCGAAGGCUGCCGAAGAAUCCCAGCAUAUGUGUGAUGCUGAUAUUGUCAACCCUCGCCCCAACAAUCUUCAAGACCAAUUGAGAGUCAUCAUCAAAAGGGAACCCGAUCAACAUCCGCGAUUGGCCACAAAGGCUUCAGAAUCCCAUGAAGCUACGAUCAGCACGAGUUUGCAGAGAAGCGAGGCCAGGGAGAUCUAUCAGAUCAAGCUAGUGGCUCCAAGGACUUGGGAACAGAAGCCAAGUGUCAAGGUCACCGAGUCCAAGGAGGUUGAACAUCUCAAUAAUGUCCAAUUAACUCGCCCUGAAGCAUAUCAAACAGUCGAUCACACCAAAUUCGAACCUCGAUUUGGUGGUCAAUUCUCUUUGAAUACGAAUAGGGCUCAAAGCAAGGAGAUUGAAUGCAGCGCUUUCCUUCAACGAAUCCCAGCCAUCGAUUCGUCUCAGUUGAUUAUUUCGAUUCCUCGAGAAGAACAGCCCCUUCUUAUGAUUGGAAAGAAUUCCUCGUCAGAAGAGACUACCUGCAAUGCCGAUAUCUCAUCGCAAAAGGCAUUCCAACUGAAUGCUUCAGUCUCUCUGAAGACCUCCAAUGACAACGAACCUCUAAAACACAAAAUCAGAGAGGCCGGCAAUGUCAAUACCACCACAAAUAUAUCCCUUCAAGCCGGAGGACAAGCCGAGUCCGAGAUUGAACAUACUCGUGAUAUGCCCGGCUUCGGAGGCUCUUAUAACAUCUCUUGUAAGGCUGCUGGUGAGGCUAAAGGAGGCGACAACAACAUCAAUCUUCAACGACCAGAAUCCCGGGAAGAAAAGAAGAUUGUGAUCAAGAUUGCGAGCACCCACGACCCUCAGAGGCUUGACUUGUUGGCGGCGGCGGACGAGAGGACCGGAGUUCAGACCGACCUGACUAGACCCCCGGCCGUAGGCUCGCACAGUUUGGUUGCGGUGGAAAAGAUUCUUGACAAGGUUUACUUGCACGCAUACGAGAGCGGCGCCGAGUUGGUUGAGUUGACGCAGACCGAAGUUCGGCAGCGUACAGCAGACUUGCUGGCCGAGGGUGUCGCGGCCCGUGCUCCUCGAGAAACAUCACCUAUCUCUCUUCGUACAGAUUAUGCCCGUGAGAGUGUGAUCCGCCUGGACUCGGCGUUACAACCCGCUGAAGACGAGAGGAGGAAGCGAGAAGUGGAGUACAAUGCUGGACUGCCCAGGACAGAAGAGCCAUUGGUGUUGAACUGUGAAGCUGUGGAUCAAGUCAAGCUCCGAGUGAAAGACGCUGAAGAGGAAAAGAAGGAAAAAAGGUAGGGUCCUGAAAAAAUUUUAUAAAGUUUUUAAAAUCGAUAAUUUUUUGUAUUUUGACGAAACAUCAAAAUGAUUUUGUUUCCGUUGCUAAUAUUGAUUAUUUCCAGAGUCAGCUUCGCCGCCGAUGUCAAGGAUGAUGACCACAAUCUUGGGCUGGACAUGUCCAUGUCAGUUGAAGAACGGAAUAAACCCUCGAUCAUCAAGAAACCGAUCAAAAAAGAUCGCGAACAUCGUGGCCGGCGGCGUGAGCUCAAGGCAAAUGAAGCGCCAUCUUUGUAAGUGCCAUAUUCUCAUUUUAAUACAGUAAUUUCCAGCUCUCCCGUUCGUCGUAACUCCUUGUUGAUGGCCCUGAACAUUGGCAGUCCCCACAACAUGCCCCAUUUCAAGACCUUGGAAGAUAUUGUAAAGGCCAUUAAAGAGGUAUUUCUUGCUCUUCUUCGACUGUCGCUAUCAUUUACAAUAAAUUAUGCCUAAUUUUAUUUAUUUUAGGCUGGUUUGGAGUAUUCGAAUUUGAUUUUCGGCAUCGAUUACACCAGAUCAAAUUACUAUCAAGGAGAGCGAACUUUCGAUGGAAGAUCGUUGCAUGCCCUUAAUGAGGAGCCCAAUCCAUAUCAACAAGUCAUCGAGAUUGUUGGAAAGACCUUGUCCUCUUUCGAUGCUGAUGGAGAGAUCCCAGUCUAUGGAUUUGGAGAUGAGGAAUGCACAGACACAGACUGCUUCAACAUCAUCGAUCGGAAUGACAUGGACGCCACUUGCCAUGGAUUCGAAGGUAGUCGAAAGUCAUCUUUACAAUUUGUUAAAUUUAUUUUAGAAGUCCUCAAAGUCUACAACAAAGUGACGCCGUCUGUCGCCAUGUCUGGUCCCACCAAUUUUGUCCCCCUUAUUCAAAAAGCCAUGGAGAUUUGCGUCGAAAAACAUUCAUAUCACAUCUUGGUCAUUGUGGCGGACGGUCAAGUAACUAAUGAGAAAAUCAAUCAAAGAGCCAUUGCCGCCGCUUCUCAUUACCCAUUGUCCAUUAUUAUGUAAGCCUAGGUUAAACCCUUCGACUUUAAUCGUGUAUAACAUAAGCCACCGUAAUGGAAUUGAUUUUAGGGUCGGUGUUGGCGAUGGUCCAUGGGACAUGAUGACCAGGUUCGACGAGACCCUGCCAAAACGACAGUUCGAUAACUUCCAUUUCGUCGACUUCCACAAGGUGAAUAUUACACUUGCUAUCAAAUCUAUUCCUAAUAUAUUUUUUUUAAAUAAUAAAUCUUUCAGGUGAUGUUCAACUCUCCCAAUCAAGAAGCCGCCUUCGCGUUGAACGCUUUAAUGGAGAUCCCCGAUCAAUACAAGGCCAUCAAAGAACUCGGCCUUCUCAAGAAGAAUCGACGCGGCUAA